AUGAGUGACAAUAUAGAAAAUCCCAGAGAUGAUAACGAGAAUGAAGAUAGGAACAAUAUAUUUUUGUAUAAUAACGAAAUAAGUAACGAGGGGAGUGAUUCUUGCAAUGUAUUAUGUUUAUUUCUUUUUUUCCUUUCCUUAUUUUUUAUUAUGAUUAUUAGUGCUGAUAAUAAUACUGCUCACACAUUUUCAAGCCCAACAAACAACAACAACAAUAAUAAUAAUAAUAAUACUGAUAAUAAUGAUAAUAGUAAUAAUAGUAAUAAUAGCAACAUUAAUAAUAAGAAGAAUUACAUAAAUAAUAAUAAUAAUCAUAGUAAUUAUAAUAAUUAUUUUGAUGACGACCCCUCCAUUAAAUAUAGAAAGAAUAACAACAUUUAUAAGGAUAAUAUAAAUGAUGAGUUUUUAAAAAAAGAAGACAAUGAUAAUAUUAUGAAUAAUAUGUUAGAUAAUAUAUUAAUACAAUGUUUACAUUUUAAAGGAGCUUAUAAAAUAAGAAAUAAGAAUAAUAACAAUAUGUCCGAUGGGAUAUUUGAAGCUAAAUUAGUUACCUUAAAAUUAGCUCUUAACAAUGUAACCAAAUCUUAUAUAUUUUUUUAUUUUAAUCCUUAUGAUAAUAACAAUACUAAUCAUAAUAUAUAUAUAUUAAAUGACAUUCCUAAACAAUAUAAAUAUUUAGGAUUUAAUGGUAUAAAUAUAAAUAAAGAGAACAGAUAUAUUUUUAAUGGACAGGGUUAUAAUAUCUCAACAUUUUGUCAACUCAAAAAUAAUGUAAAAAAAAAAAAUGAAGCAUAUAAAUAUGCCCACACAAAUAUAUAUAACAAUAAUGAUAAUAAUAAUAAUAAUAAUAAUAAUAUUAAUGGGGUUAAUGAAAAUUGCCUUUGUAAUUAUACCAUAAAUAUUAAUCAAUAUAUUAAUAAAUACGAAUCCGUAUCCUUAAGAGAAGUAGAUGAAUCCUAUCUAUACUCUCUCAAAGGAUAUAUAUUAGAUGAACAAGAAUAUUAUAAAAAUUAUUUACAAAAUGAAUAUAUCAAACUUUAUAAAAAUUAUAUUAGCUAUAUACAAAAAUAUUAUCAUACACAUUAUAUUGAAAAGGAAAAUAUGAUCCAUUUUCAUUCAUUAGGAAAUGUUAAUGAAGAAAUUAUAAAACACCAAUCCAAAUUAGAAAGUGCGAAACAAAAUGAUAAAGAAUUAUCGUAUGUCACUCUAAAAAAGGUAAAACAUGAAAGUGGUACUAUACCUAACCAUAACACGGAAAGGGAAUAUACCUCCAAUGUUGAUAAUAAUGAUGGGAAUAAUAAAAAUAAUGAUGGGAAUAAUAAAAAUAAUGAUGAGAAUAAUAAUAACAGUGAUGGGAAUAAUAAUAACAAUGAUGGGAAUAAUAAAUAUAACGAUGUAAAUAAUAAAUAUAACGAUGUAAAUAAUAAAAAUAAUGAUGUAAAUAAUAAAUAUAAUGAUGGGCAUAACAAAAAUAAUAACGAACAUGUUACUAAUGCACAUUAUGAUGGAUAUAUAUAUUCCAACAACUGUAAUUUGUUGAUUUCCUUUGAAGGUAUAGAUAUUGAUAAAAAAUACAUUUCCACAAAAGUUUUAAAUUUCUCCAUUUUAUUUAAUAUAAAAUCUAUUAUCGAAAUAAGUUUAUUCUGGAGUCAAAUAGGAACGAGUGGAUCUAUUCCAGGAGCAUCAAGGAUUUCUUUAAUUUCUAUAUGUUUGAAUUCCCUUAUAGACAUAUUUGAAUCAUUAUUACUUUUAUAUGAAGUGUUAUUAUCGAAAUUAUUAUUAAUACAUUUUAUUUUAAUGAUUUUGUUAAAAUUUUUAUUAUUUACUAUAAUGGAAGUCAGAUAUGUACUUAUCGUAUGGAAAGCUAAUCAUCAACAUGAAGUUAAUGAAGGUUGGGAACAUAUGCAAAGGAAAUUAAGUAAAUUAUAUAAAUAUUAUUAUGGUAGUAUCUUUUUAUUAAUUCUUCUAUUUUAUUAUGUUUUCCCUUUUUUUCCAUAUAUCUUAUUAAUAUUAUAUUUAUGUUGGUUACCACAAAUACUUUUAGAUAUAUGGAGAGGACAACGUAAUUCGGUAGAUAUUAAAUUUGUUUUUAUAUUAUCCUUAUGUCGUUUAUACCUACCCAUUUAUAUUUAUUUAUAUCCACAUAAUAUAUUUCAAUUAGAUAAUUUCUCACAGCUUAUAGAUACAUCUAAUACAAUGUUUAGCAUACUAAUAAUUUUUAUUGUAUUUAUACAAUGUAUCUAUAUGCUCUUACAAAGAAUUUAUGGACCUAGAUAUUUUGUUAAUAUAGAUCUCUUACCACAUGUUCAUAAUUAUUAUAAAACUAUCGAUGUCAAUUUUGAAGCUGGAAUACCUGAAUGUGUUAUAUGUAUGUAUGACAUAGUAUUAAAGCCUAACAAAUAUUGUGUAACUCCAUGCUACCACAUUUUUCAUGAAAAGUGUUUGCAACAGUGGAUGGACAUAAAACUGGAGUGCCCAACGUGUCGUGGUCCCCUCCCCAACUUUUCUUAA